AACUUUGUUUAAAUAUUCUAUAUUAACACCGUUUUAUUUGUUACCAGGCCACGCCCGCUUGAGCUGCUGUACCGCUCUUGUUAUCAGAAGUGACCUGCCCACAACAACAACAAGCUGUCGCUGCCUCUGCAGAAGUGGUUUCAUGGAGCAAAGGCACUCGGCGCGGCUCGGUGCAAAAAGGCAACAAUGCGACCGGUGUGCAUACAGCACGGAUUGUCCUGCACAUUUGACACGGCACCAGAGAACUCACACAGGAGAGAAACCCUUCAAGUGCAGUGUGUGUGGGAAGGCAUUUGCACAGUCAUCUGCUCUUGUAACACACAAGAGAACACACACGGGAGAGAAACCCUUCAAGUGCAGUGUGUGUAGGAAGGCGUUUGCACAGUCAUCUACUCUUGUAGCACACCAGAGAACACACACGGGAGAGAAACCCUUCAAGUGCAGUGUGUGUGGGAAGGCGUUUGCAUGGUCACCAUAUCUUCAAAGACACCAGAGAACACACAAGCAUCAGAAGAUCCACCAGGAGUGGAGUGUGAAAUCAGCUUGUGAAAGUCAAAGUGCUGCAAUGAGCCCAUCCCUCAUCAAACAAGAACCGGAAGAAAAUCCAAGCUUGGACACUUUUAAAGGUGUCAAGGUGAAAUAUGAAGAAAUCAAGGUGAAAUAUGAAGAAGUGAUGGUGAAAUAUGAAGAAGUGAUGGUGAAGAGCGAAGAAGUGAAGGUAAAAUGUGAAGAUGAAGAUUCAACUGCAAAAUGGGACCUUCGCAUCGAUGGAGGCAACGUGAAGCAGGAGGAGAAUUCUGACUGUGAGGCAGAGCGAGGCAACUCCCAGCAGUUUGUGGAAGUGGAGGUGUGGGUGGACUUCCUCCGAGACAAUACAAAGUCAAAUGGAGACCCGGGAGAUGCGUAAGCCUUAGACCAGUGGUUCUUAACCUGGGUUCGAUCGAACCCCAGGGGUUCGGUGAGUCCGUCUCAGGGGUUCGGCGGAGGUUAAGACACACACCUGACUCGUGAUUGUGCACCAGUAAAACAUGUACCUAUGUUUUGAAUUUGAAAAAAUAAUUUAAUUUUUCCAAUUAAGAAGGGUUCGGUGAAUGCGCAUAUGAAACUGGUGGGGUUCAGUACCUCCAACAAGGUUAAGAACCACUGCCUUAGACGAUGCCGCUCCAAUAGAUGCACCUUUGUCACAGGCCUUUAAUGACAAGAAUGUGAAGUUGAACACUCAGUUCCUAGGUUCAACCUGCAGGGUAAGAGCGGCCAGUCUUUGUGGACCUGUGUGUUGGGUAGAUCUCUAACCAGGAGCGAAUGCCAAUAAGCUCCCAAGCAUUCACUGUUAUCAUAAUUGCAUUUAUACUGUGCUUGCUUAAUCGCCUCGGUAAUUCGGAGUUUUGCAUCGUAUCUCGUCUCAAACACUCGAAGAGCAUCCCCAAGUAGCAGCUGCCCCUGUGUGGCACAAGGUGGUGGCCCUGCACCGGCCUGCAUGUGGACAAGAGCCUGUCAGUAGGGGGCGAUGGUUGAUGUGGCAUCUCAGUUGUGGAGUUUGUAGGUAAUGUUUAGAAUUUGCUACAUUUUGACCCAGAUGCCAGCAUGCAAUGGCCGACUCGUUUUGAAUGGUGUUAA